AUGUCUUCUCUCCCCUGCAGAUACCACCUUCUCAAACUCCUUCAGAAGUUUGGCAAAGUAAAGCAAUUUGACUUUCUUUUUCACAAGUCUGGAGCUCUGGAGGGGCAGCCAAGGGGUUACUGCUUUGUGAACUUUGAAACCAAACAGGAAGCCGAGAAGGCGAUCCAGUGUCUGAACGGGAAACUGGCCCUUUCCAAGAAGCUGGUGGUGCGGUGGGCACACGCGCAGGUGAAGAGAUAUGAUCACAAUAAAAAUGAGAAGAUCCUUCCAAUCAGUCUGGAGCCAUCUUCCAGCACGGAGCCACCCCAGUCUAACCUCAGUGUCAGUGCAAAAAUAAAGGCCAUCGAAGCCAAGCUGAAAAUGAUGGCAGAAAAUCCAGAUGCCGAGUACGCGGCAGCACCUGUUUAUUCUUACUUCAAACCACCGGAUAAGAAAAGGACUGCUCCUUAUUCCAGAGCUGCCUGGAAAUCCAGAAGAUGAUGCUUAUGAAUGGUAGCAAGAAAAACACUGCUUUGUGUAGCCAGGGCCCUCCGAUGCUUUUGUACUUUGUAGGGUGAGAUGGAGGCUGUGGCAGGGCUGUCCCUGGCACGCUGCGGUGGGGCAGCUCAGGUGCUCUGCUGAGCUCUCCUUCCUGCCAGGCUGGCUCCACAGCUGAACACUGUUCAGAGAAGUAGGUUCCCUUCAGAGCCUCUGAUGAACACGCAGACAACCUCUCGUUAGUGUGCAUUCAUUAGCAAGAUUAGAAACAGUAACCAGUGUGUGGAGUAAAGCACAUCCAAAAAUACUCCAUUUAACUGAUUACUUUUUAAAGUAUUUUUGAACAAAACAUAUUCCAAUUUGUGUUUUUAAUGGAGGGGAAGCACUUGGUUGUAAUUAACAUUCUGUAGUUACCAUGGAAAACUUUUUCAUCUCAAUAAAACUCAUUUUAAAUAGAUU